AUGUCUUCAAACAUUAUUUUUAAAUAAAUGUAUGGAAGAACAUUCUUCAACAAUAGCGACGAUUUAAAGAAAUUGAAAGUUUAAGCUAAAGAUAUAAAUUUAAGAGAAGAGACUAUUUCUAUUAAAGAAGAAGAUAUCAACAAAAAGACUUUGCUAAGAGAUUUUUUUCAUGAUUUAUUCUAGAUAUAAGCAUCAACAACUUCUAAGCAUUUAUUCCAUGUUUUUAUCAGCUCGCUGAAUUUUGUUCUUGAUUAGACUUUUACUGAAAACAAAAAAUUUUACUUGAUUGACCUUUCACAAAUAUAUUUAAUUCGAGAUAAUGAAAGCGAAACCUUGAAGUUAUAUUAUUCUAAUAGAGGAAGUUGUGGUAGAGUUUUAGAAGAGAUGGAAUAUAAUAAGGAAUUAACAAAGUACCAAGCCUUGACAAUAAAUUUAUAUUUGUAAAUUAAUUUAAUUAUGAUGUGCAUAAUUGCAAAAGAAGAAGAUGAUGAUGAUGAGAGAUAAAGAAAAAUAAAAGAUUUCAAAGAGAUUAAUUCAAAAUUUAUACUUUAUAUCUAAUCUUAAACAAUAAAUGAAAAAACUUGGGUCGAACUUGCCAAUUAAAUAAAGUUAAACUGUUAAGUAAAUUUAAACUCAUUAAUCAAUUCAAGACUUAGAAACAAAAUCAAAGGACUCAAAAAUUUAACAUAAAUAAUCUAUAAUCAUAUUAAAAACUUUUCAUUAAAUUUCUUGGAAUCUCCAGAUUAUCUAAAAUCAACUAAUGAUAAACUAGAAUUAAUAAAUGAUCGCUAGAUAUUAUUUAAUGAAAUAAUGCUAAUUAAUUAAUAAAUUCCUAAAACAAAUGAAAUGUCAGAUAGUGAAUUUGCAACAGUUAACAUAAACUAGGCUGAGGAGCUUAAAUUAGUUUAUACUCUCAUCAUGGACGAAUUUGAAAAUCAAAAUAAAUAAAAGACAAAGUAGUAUGAUUAAAUAAAAAAUAAAAUGCAAAGAACAAAAACCUUAAUCGAAUCUAUUUUCUAGGCAAAUUCUCAAACUAUUUUCAAUUCAGUUUUAAACGAUGAAAAAGAUAGUUCUAAAAAGCUUUAAUAUGUUGUUACUUUCAAAAUGUUUGACCAUUGGGAUCAUUUUUUAGAUUUGUGUGUAAUUAAACUAACAAAAGACUAUUUCAAGUGCACUAUUCACUUUUGCAAAGAAAAUUAUGAACCCAUUAUAAUCCCUGACAAACUCACAAGAAUUUAAGUGAGCAGACUUUUUAUUAAGAAAGUUUCAAAAAUAGGAGGCUUUGUUAUUAAUCCUAUCUCAGGAUAAAUUACAUUUACAUAUUGUACUUACAAUAAUCUUUCAAAAUAUUCUGAAGAACAAGUUGAUAAUUUCUUAAUUAGAGUUAUAAAAAGUAUUUUCUCAACUGCUUUCUUUAUGAUAAAUAUGUACAUGCUCAGUUUGUAUGUUAAGAUAGGACUUAUCUCGAUGCCUAUUUAUAAGUAACUUGAAGAAAUUCUUAGAAAAAAUUAGCAAAAUAACAAAAAGGACAGAACCAUUUUUCUUCCUGAAUUAACUAUUCGUAGACUGAAUAAUGCAAUAGACCUUCUAGAAAAUAGUGUAAAACCCUUUGCAUAAUUUUAAGAAGAAGAUAUCUUUAAAACUAGAGUAGAUAUCAAUGAUAGACAAGAAAUUUUAAAAUGUUUAGAUGUUAUUGAGAAAAAAAACAGCAGGGAAGCUGAAAGCUAAUUAGAAUAUAUCAAAGUUAUUGAUUAUGAUGAAAAGAAACUUAAAAAAAUAUCUGCAGGUGGUUUUUCAGAUAUAUUCUAAACAGAGUUAAACUUCAUAUCAAAGAGCACAGAAUAAACUAGUUGCCAAAAUUUUGCUAUAAAGGUGUAAAAAAAAGAUCCAUAAGCUAGAGACACUGAGAAAAUAGAAAAAGAAGUUAAUGUAAUUAAACACAUAGUUCCUAGAUCAAAUUUUAUCACAAGAUAUUAUUUCGAUGUUGAGACAAAAGAUAGGCUAUAUAUGGAUUUAUAUUUUUAUUCUAUGGGUUCUUAUGCAUACUACCACAACUCUAUUAUGUCUUUAAACAAGAGAGUAUAAAUGGUACUUUAAGUAGCUCAAGGUGUUAAGUUUUUACAAUCAAUAGAUAUUUAUCACUUAGAUCUUAAACCUCCAAAUAUUUUAUUAGAUGGGGAGUAAAAUAUUAAGAUAUGCGAUUUUGGUGAAAGCUACUGUAUUUAAAAUAUAGGAGAGUAAGGAGUAUUUUAAAGAGCAGGAAGAACUUUGCCAUAUUCGCCUAUCGAAUCUCUUUCUGGCAAUACUUUUUCACCAGCUUCAGAUGUGUAUUCGAUUGGAGCUAUUAUUAGUGAAAUUAUAUUUGAUAAAAAAUUGAUUGAAUUUAAGAGAAUCAACUAACAAAAAUUACAAUCAAAGUUAAAUCAAAGAAAUUAUCGUUUAAUUUAUAGUGAUUUAGUAGUGAAAGAGUUUGGUAUUAAGUAAAUCAUGAAAAUACUUAAAGUGCUUAUGCUUAAAUGUGUAAAUCCAGAUCCAAACUGUCGUCCACAUAUUGAAUAUCUUAUAGCAAUUUUAUAUUUAAUUUUAAAAGUCCUUAGCGAAUUAUAUUGA